AUGUCGGACGUACCAGAUCUUAGUAGCGACGAGGACAAUUUUGAGGACGACGAAUGGCAAGAAAUGGAAACUAGCGACACUACGGUAACAUGCUUAUUUUGUUCGAAUGUUUUGUCGAAUAUUGAGGAAGGAAUCACUCAUUGCAAAGCUGCUCACAAGUUUGACUUGAACGAACUGAAACUUAAGUUCAAUAUGGAUUGCUAUUCAUACAUUAAACUGAUUAAUUACAUUAGGACACAUAAACCCGCUCCUGAGGUUAUAACAAACGUCAACCGGGUGCUUUGGGACGACGACAAGUAUUAUAAACCUGUAGAGCAAGAUGAUUGGCUAAUGUAUGAUUUCGAUGCUCUCACUGAUAAGCCAAGUUCUCCAAAAACCUACCAUGCUAAUGUAGAAAAUGGUUUAGUUACUUUAUCUGAGGCACAUUUCAGUGAGCUUCAAAGAACUAUACAGUUAUUGACACAACAACUAGCGGAGAGUUCAACACUUCUGAAUAAUGCAAAGGAGGAUAUUAAAAAAAUGCAAAACUCAAUGCAAACACUAGUGGAAGGUGGAAAUAAGAACAACACUGAAGUGCCAGCUGAAGUAAACUGUGUUGCGAGUGUACCUCUGGAGAUUGAUGAUGGCUACUUUAGUACUUAUGCUCAUUUCGGUAUCCAUUACGACAUGCUUUCAGACAAAGUGCGAACUGAAACUUAUAGGGAUGCAAUAUUGAAUAACAAAGAAACAUUGAAAGACAAGGUUGUUUUAGAUCUGGGAUGUGGUACUGGUAUCUUAUCAAUGUUCUGUGCAACAGCUGGAGCUAAAAAGGUCUAUGCUCUAGAUCAAUCUGAAAUAAUAUAUCAUGCUAUGGAUAUAGUGAGAGAAAACAAUUUGCAAGAUGUUAUUAAAUUAGUCAAAGGAAGACUGGAGGAUACAAAAUUAAAUGAAAAGGUUGACAUAAUAGUUUCUGAGUGGAUGGGAUACUUUUUACUAUUUGAAGGUAUGUUAGAUAGUGUCAUAUAUGCAAGAGACCAUUGUCUUAAACCUGGUGGACUGCUGCUACCAAAUAGGUGCAAUAUAAGUCUUGUUGCUAAUGGCGAUAUAGAUACACACAAGAAACUUAUAGACUACUGGUCAGACGUCUAUGGAUACAAAAUGAAUUGCAUGAAAUCUGAAGUUGUGAGAGAAGCAAGUAUUGAUGUUGUGAGAUCAAAAUUCAUUAUAUCUGAACCUUGUGUUGUCAAAGAUAUCGAUAUAAACAAGUGCAAAACUGAUGUCAUGGACUUUACCUCAGAAUUUAAACUGCCUAUCAUCAAGGAUGGUGUUUUGACCUCAAUUGUUGGUUACUUUGACACCUUUUUUGAUCUGCCAAAUGCAAUAGACUUCUCAACUGGACCUCACAAGACACCAACACAUUGGAAACAAACUGUUUUUUACUUCAAAGAUUGUAAAGAGGUCAAGCAAGGAGAUGUUAUAGAGGGUACAAUAAUUUGUAAUAGACAGAAGUCAGAUGUCCGAGGCUUAUGCAUUCAGCUUAAUAUAUUUGGCAAGACUCAUAAAUACAUCCUUAGUUGA